AUGACAGUGUACACGUGUGAUGUGGGGCGUUCGUCUCCCUCCGAGCUGCCGGGGGUGGACUCCCCCAGCUCUGGGGACACGGGCCCUGCUGCUCCCACCUCGGGCUUGCUGCCCAGAGCUCCACGUCACCUGACUGUUUUCCCUCCCACAGUUGUGCUCCGCCUCUGCGUGGCCUUCAACGUGGACGUGAAGAAUUCGCUGACCUUCAGCGGCCCCGUGGAGGACCUGUUCGGCUACACUGUGCAGCAAUACGAAAAUGAGGAAGGCAAAUGGGUCCUCAUUGGCUCCCCGCUGGUUGGCCAGCCCAAGAACAGGACAGGCGACGUCUACAAGUGUCCCGUGGGGAGGGGAGAGGCACUGCCCUGCGUAAAGUUGGAUCUACCAGUCAAUACAUCGAUUCCCAACGUCACGGAGGUGAAGGAGAACAUGACCUUCGGAGCCACGUUAGUCACGAACCCGAAGGGGGGGUUCCUGGCGUGCGGGCCCCUCUACGCCUACCGCUGCGGCCACCUGCACUACACGACCGGCAUCUGCUCUGACGUCAGCCCCGCGUUCCAGGUGGUGAACUCCAUCGCCCCCGUGCGAGAGUGCGGCACGCAGCUGGACAUCGUCAUCGUGCUGGAUGGCUCCAACAGCAUCUACCCCUGGGACAGCGUCACCGCCUUCCUCAACAACCUGCUGGAGCGCAUGGACAUCGGCCCCAAGCAGACGCAGGUCGGGAUUGUGCAGUACGGAGAGAACGUGACCCACGAGUUCAACCUCAACACCUACUCCUCCACGGAGGACGUGCUCCUUGCUGCCAACAAAAUCGUCCAGAGAGGCGGCCGCCAGACCAUGACCGCCCUCGGGAUCGACACAGCCAGGAAGGAGGCUUUCAUGGAGGCCCGGGGCGCCCGCAGGGGCGUCAAGAAAGUCAUGGUGAUCGUGACGGACGGGGAGUCCCACGACAACCACCGGCUGCCCCAGGUCAUCCAGGACUGUGAGGGGGACGGCAUCCAGCGGUUCUCCAUCGCGAUUCUCGGCAGCUACAACCGCGGGAACCUGAGCACCGAGAAGUUCGUGGAGGAGAUCAGGUCCAUCGCCAGCGCGCCCACCGAGAAGCACUUCUUCAACGUGUCGGACGAGCUGGCCCUGGUCACCAUCGUGGAGGCGCUGGGAGAGAGGAUCUUCGCCCUGGAAGCCACCGCCGACCAGGCCGCGGCCUCCUUUGAGAUGGAAAUGUCGCAGACCGGCUUCAGCGCGCACUACUCCCAGGACUGGGUCAUGCUCGGAGCCGUCGGCGCCUACGACUGGAACGGGACGGUCGUCAUGCAGAAGGGGAAUCAGAUCAUCAUCCCCCAAAACACCACCUUCAAUGUGAAGUCUUCCAAAAAGAAUGAGCCCCUGGCCUCCUACUUAGGCUACGCGGUGACCUCGGCCACCGUCCCCGGGGGAGACGUGCUGUACAUCGCGGGCCAGCCCCGCUACAACCACACCGGGCAGGUCAUCGUCUACCGGAUGGAGGACGCGGACGUCAGGAUCCUGCAGGCGCUCCGGGGAGAGCAGAUCGGCUCCUACUUCGGCAGCGUGUUGACCACCGUGGACAUCGACAAAGAUUCCCACACGGACGUGCUCCUGGUCGGGGCGCCCAUGUUCAUGGGGCCCGAGAAGGAGGAGCAGGGGAAGGUGUACGUGUACGCCCUGAACCAGAGUCUCUUCCCAUAUCAGAUGAGCCUGGAGCCCGUGGCGCAGACCUGCUGCUCGUCUCUGAAGCACGCCGCGUGCACCAAGAAGAACAAGAAUGAGCCGUGCGGGGCCCGCUUCGGCACGGCCAUCGCGGCCGUGAGGGACCUCAACCUGGACGGCUUCAACGACGUGGUGAUCGGGGCGCCCCUGGAGGACGACCACGGGGGCGCCGUGUACAUCUUCCACGGGCGCGGCCGGUCGCUGCGGAAGCAGCACGCGCAGCGCAUCCCGUCGGGUGGAGACGGCCAGACCCUGAAGUUCUUCGGCCAGUCCAUCCACGGGGAGAUGGACCUGAACGGCGACGGCCUCACCGACGUGACCAUCGGCGGUCUGGGCGGCGCCGCCCUCUUCUGGGCCCGAGACGUGGCUGUGGUUAAAGUGACCAUGAACUUUGAACCGAAUAAAGUGAACAUUCAGAAGAAGAACUGCCGCAUGGAGGGGAAGGAAACCGUGUGCAUCAACGCGACCGUGUGCUUCCAUGUGAAGCUGAAGUCCAAGGAAGACACAGUCUACGAGGCUGACCUGCAGUACCGCGUCACCCUGGACUCGCUGAGGCAGAUCUCACGCAGUUUCUUCUCCGGGACCCAGGAGAGGAAGACCCAGAGGAACAUCACAGUGCGCGAGUCAAAAUGCACCCAGCACUUCUUCUACAUGUUGGACAAGCAUGACUUUCGGGACUCUGUGAGAAUAACCCUGGACUUCAAUCUUUCCGAUCCGGAAAAUGGGCCCAUUCUUGAUGAUUCUCUGCCAAACUCAGUACAUGAAUCUAUCCCCUUCGCCAAGGACUGUGGGAACAAGGACAAGUGCAUCUCGGACGUCGCCCUGGACGUGUCCACGCUGGAGAAGGACCUGCUGAUUGUCCGGUCCCACAACGACAAGUUCAACAUCAGCAUCACCGUCAGAAACAAAGGGGACAGCGCCUACAACACCAGGACCAUGGUGCACUACUCCCCAAACCUGGUUUUCUCGGGGAUCGAGGCGAUCCAAAAAGACAGCUGCGAGUCCAACCAUAACCUCACGUGUAAGGUGGGCUACCCUUUCCUGCGGAGAGGAGAGAUGGUAACUUUCAAAAUAUUAUUUCAAUUUAACACGACCUAUCUCAUGGAGAAUGUGACCAUCCACUUAAGUGCAACAAGUGACAGCGAGGAGCCUCCGGAAACCCUCUCCGACAACGAGGCCAGUGUCGCUGUCCCCGUCAAGUAUGAAGCUGGGCUCCAGUUCUCCAGCUCUGCCAGUGAAUACCACAUUUCAAUCACGGCCAACGAGACUGUCCCUGAAGUGAUCAAUUCCACUGAGGACAUUGGGAAUGAAAUUAAUAUCUUCUACUUGGUCAGGAGAAGCGGGCAGUUCCCGAUGCCAGAGCUCAGGCUGACCGUGUCCUUCCCCAACCUGACGGCAAAGGGCUUUCCUGUGCUGUACCCACGCCGGUGGGCCUCGUCCGACAACGCAGACUGCCGGCCCAGGGACCUCCAGGACCCUCUCGGCAUCAGCGCAGGGAAGAGGACGGUCACACUCACGUCAGAAGAUUUCAAGCCAGACACGAUGCUGGACUGCAGCACCUGCCGACUCGCCACCAUCACCUGCAGCCUGGCCCCCGCUGACGUGAGCCAGGUCAACGUGUCGCUGGUCCUGUGGAAGCCCACGUUCCUAAAGAUGCGUGUUUCCAGCUUGAAUCUCACCGUCAGGGCGGAGCUUCGGAGUGAGAACGCGUCGCUGGUGCUCAGCCCCAGCAGCCGGCACAGAGAGCUCGCGAUCCAGGUGUCCAAGGACGGGGUGCCGGGCCCCGUGCCACUCUGGGUCAUCCUGCUGAGCGCCUUCGCCGGCCUCCUGCUGCUGCUGCUGCUCAUCCUGGGCCUGUGGAAGGCUGGAUUCUUCAAAAGACCGCUAAAGAAGAAAAUGGAGAAAUGAAAUAUUUUACAAGAGAAAAAAAUAAUUAUUCAAUGAUCUUUCCUCAGGUUUGCCUCAAAUAUGUGACAAGAAAUUUAUAAAUAUAAUUAAAGACAGUCACAUAAGUUUAUAUAAUCCAUCAGGGUUAAUCACUUGGAAAAUGAAGAGAUCAAGCAAGAUCCAAAAGCAAUACCAUAUAUAUAUUUUAUAAAAUGAUAAAAAUAUUUUUAAAUAAUUACUCAUUUUUGUUGAGUAUUUAAGCAGACAGCAUUUUGAAGAUGAAGAGUAACCUGUAGAAAUAUGUUUAUAUAUGAAGUCACCAUUCAAAGUAUUUAAGAAAUGCAUAGAAAGGUUUUUAUGGUCAUU